GCAUAAUAUAAAUGAAGAGAUGUCAACUCAACGUGAUUGGGGUCAAUUUUAUCAACGUCUUGAUUAUGUUAUCGAAUUUAAGGGUAUUUGGCAUGAUGAGAUAGAUCUUCGUACUACUGAGUUAAUUUUUCAUAAAGGUUGUGGUGCAGGAAUUGAACAAAAAUCAAGAUGCACUACUGCCGCAAAAAGAAAACCUAACAAGCGAUUGAAGCGUCGAAUCGAAAAAUUUAUAAACGAUUCAGAUCAUGAUGAUGUUAUAGAAAUGACCGAUGAGUAUGCUAGUAGUCAAGGUCGAUCAUUUUUAACACGACAAGAAAUUAUAGAAAAGCAAAAUAAAGAAAGCCAUCAUCUCAAUGAGGAGAAUGCGAAUAUUUAG